GUGAGCCACACUCACCAGCUUUCGUACGAUAAAGUUUCCCAUUUCCGUAUAAAUUGCGGUGCCGCUUCUCCCCGUUGGCAUACUUCAGUGCUCUCCUCGCCUCACCUUCCAUUCCUCUCUCGUUAACUGCCGUUUCCUUCUAUAACAUCAUUUCGCUUUGGAUUUCCUCAAUCAAAUCUUUCCCAGAAACUCGUCUGAAAAAUAUCAAAGCCCUUGAACCUCUUUCAUGUGAAGCUGAAAUCUUGAAGAGAAAUGGACAGUAGUGUGCAGCAGAGGACACCGAGUAAAAGAAGCGACAAACUCAAGAGGAAACCCGUCAAGGUAGUGUACAUAUCCAAUCCCAUGAAGGUGAAGGUCACUCCGUCGGAGUUCAUGUCCUUAGUGCAAGAGCUUACAGGUCAGGACGCCGAAUUGCCGGCGGAUCUUUCCAGAUUCCAGAACCCCGACAUCGACGGUGCCCAUCAGACGUCGGAUUCUGAUAAUUCGUCGGUCACAAAAAGUACUGGCAGUCAUGAAAGUGAUCACCCGCUAGUGAUGCCUCAAGUGGACCCUAUCUUUGAUAAUUUUGAAGGCCAACUUGGAGGCUCAAUGGAGCAGGGAUUUGAUCCAUUUGAUCAUCAUGUCUUCGCCCCUUAUCAUCAGAUGAUGGACGACAUUUCAGCUUUCUUACCCUCGACUGUAUUCUACGAACCUGAUCUAGUCGACGAGGAGCCGCGCAGGAAUGAUGCAGUGUAAUCACUAAAAUUACCCAGGAACAUGUUUAUUAACUGUAGCCUUGCCAUUGGCUUUGUUCAA